GCCGUUCGGACCAUACGCUACUAACACAAAAGUAGGCUAUAGCCUCGCUGGAGCCACAAACCCCCCCCCCCCUCCCAAGAAGAAGAAAAAGAAGAACUCGAAAAAUGGCAGAAGAACAGAGGAAGCGAGUUGAAGAUCAAACAACACAAACUAUAGAAGAUAUAGACAAAACUUUUCUUCGAAAAAUGCAGGGUGACAUGCACAGAUGUGCAGCAGCUUGCUGUGACAAUGAAAACUUUAGUGUUCAAAGAAUUCACAGUUGCAUUCACAGUUGUAGCAUACAUUUGAACGAAGCAAAUCAAUACAUUCAAAAUGAAUUUGAAAGAUCAAAGAAUCGAUUACAAAGAUGUAUUAUGGAUUGCAAUGACAAGGUCAAAGACAAAAUGGGACUUGAUCCAUCACAAGGUGAAAUUAAUAACUUUACUAAAGAGUUUGAAAAUUGUACAAAAAAUUGCGUCGAUGAUUAUUGCGAUCUUCUCCCGUCAUUGAAGAAAACAAUAAAAAAAGUAUUUGCCAAUAAUAAAUUUAACUAUCAAUAAUAUUGAUUGUUUUAAUUUUAGAAACCACUAUUAGAAUUUUUAAUCCAUAACAGAUUUUCCUCUACUUAAAGCAAUUUUAAUCUCAUUGAGU